AUGCCUGUAACCCAAUUCGCUGUAACCGACACGUACGAAUAUCUGAAUGGGUUCGGGGGAUACAAAGAGAGUGAGGCUGUAGAAGGGGCCCUGCCGUUGGCGGCCAAUUCUCCUCAGAAAUGUCCGCUCGGCUUGUACAAUGAAAAGUUGUCUGGGACUUCGUUCACCGCGCCGCGCGACGAUAACCUACAGACCUGGCUCUACCGAAUCCUUCCUUCGGCUAGCCACCAGAACUUCACACCCGUGCCAGAGUCAUCCCCGAAUUCCCUCACCUCCACCACACCGAGCUUCGGCAAGCACUUCAACGCCAUCCCCAAUCAGCUGCGAUGGGACCCCUUCGACUUCGACAAAGAGUCCUCCUGGAUCCAUUCCCUGCAUCUCGUGGCCGGCGCAGGUGACCCUACGAUGAAACAAGGCAUCGGCAUCUACAUCUAUGCCGCUGGCGCCACCAUGCCUGACAAAACAGCCUUUUACAGUGCCGACGGAGACUUCCUCAUCGUGCCACAGCAUGGCGUUCUCGACAUCCGAACCGAGAUGGGCAAGAUGCUGGUGCGACCCAACGAAAUCUGCGUCAUACCCCGGGGUAUUCGUUACCACGUUGCACUGCAUGACAAUGAGCCGGUGCGGGGAUAUAUCUUGGAACUAUACCAGGGACAUUUCAAAUUGCCUGAAUUGGGACCUAUCGGCUCAAACGGAUUGGCGAACGCUCGCGACUUUCGGACCCCCGUGGCCGACUACAUCGAGGACUACGAGAACACCGAAUGGACGCUCUAUGGCAAAUUCGGAGGCAACCUGUUCGCGGCCAAGCAGUCGCACACCCCGUUCGACAUUGUCGGCUGGCAUGGCACGUACUAUCCUUACAAAUAUGACCUGGGCCGAUUCAAUCCAGUCGGCAGCAUCUCUUACGACCACCCGGAUCCUUCCAUCUUUACCGUUCUUACCGCACCCUCGAUCCCUCAUGGCGCCGGCACGGCUGUGGCGGACUUUGUCAUCUUCCCGCCUCGCUGGUUGGUUGCCGAGAAUACCUUCCGACCGCCAUGGUAUCAUCGCAACACCAUGUCCGAGUUUAUGGGCCUGAUCAUGGGCAACUAUGACGCCAAGGGGGCCGGAAAGGGUGGGUUUCAGCCGGCAGGAGCCAGUUUACAUAAUACAAUGAGUGGGCAUGGACCCGACAUGCAGACAUUUGAAAAGGCCUCGACGAUGGACCUACCUCCGACCAAGGUCGGUGAGGGCAGUAUGGCCUUUAUGUUUGAAAGUUGCUUGAUGCUUGGCGUUACCGAGUGGGGGUUGAAGACUUGCCAGAAAGUUCAAGAGACAUAUAACGCUCACUCGUGGGAACCUUUAAAGGUCCAUUUCAAAAGACCAGAGUCGUCGAAGCGAGGCGUCAGCAACGGCGAAAGAAGAACGGGGGUCCGUAGUGCCAGAGACUCGGCUGACUUUAGUGCCUCAUGA